AUACAAAUUAGAGGAAAGAGGGAAAACAGUAAAGGCUCAAAUCGGAGCAUCUCCGACUCCCAGAGGUAGUUAAUCGUCCCGCCGUCACAGAGCUCGUGUGUGUGUGUUUGUGUUUUGUUGCUUGCGCACAAUCAAUGGACGGAACCCACGGCGGCGAGAAGACCAAAAGCCGCUUGUGCAGCAUCUGCAACCAACGGAGGCCUGCUCUCAAACGACCUAAAACCCUUCAACAAAUUUGCAGAGAAUGCUUUUAUGUGGUAUUUGAGGAAGAGAUUCAUAGUGUCAUUGUGAACAACAAACUUUUUAAGCCAGGAGAGCGCAUUGCCAUAGGUGCUUCUGGUGGAAAAGACUCCACAGUUCUUGCGUAUGUAAUGUCAGAAUUAAACCGUCGCCACAACUAUGGCUUGGAUCUCUUCCUCUUGUCAGUUGAUGAAGGGAUCACAGGCUACAGGGAUGACUCACUCGAAACUGUUAAAAGAAAUGAAAUUCAGUAUGGUCUGCCACUCAAAGUUGUUUCCUAUAAGGAUCUAUAUGGAUGGACAAUGGAUGAGAUUGUGAAGAUGAUCGGUCUUAAGAACAAUUGCACUUUUUGUGGGGUUUUUCGUCGCCAGGCUCUUGAUCGUGGUGCUGCCUUGUUAAAAGUGGACAAGCUAGUUACUGGGCAUAAUGCUGAUGAUAUUGCUGAAACAGUUCUGUUGAAUAUUUUGCGAGGUGAUAUUGCUAGAUUAAGCAGAUGCACAUCUAUAAUCACUGGCGAAGAUGGACCAAUUCCUAGAUGCAAGCCAUUUAAAUACACAUAUGAGAAGGAAAUCAAACUGGACUACUUUUCAACCGAGUGCAUAUAUUCACCAAAUGCUUAUCGUGGAUUUGCUCGAGAGUUCAUUAAAGAUCUAGAGAGAAUCAGACCCCGAGCCAUACUUGACAUCAUCAAAUCAGGUGAAGAUUUCAGGAUCGCCACAUCUACAAAAAUGCCGGAGCAGGGAACUUGUCAACGCUGUGGAUAUAUUUCUAGCCAGAAAUGGUGUAAAGCUUGUGUUUUGCUGGAGGGGCUUAAUCGGGGUUUGCCAAAGCUGGGGAUUGGGAGAACCCGAGGUGUGAACCGAAAUGAUGAUCAACACAAUGAUGCCAAGAAUAUACAGAGCAAACCAUGUGGAAGUCUUGAUUUUUAACGCAAAAUCUUUUCAUUUUUAUUUGUUACUCGAAUUUGAUUAUAUGCAGCUUCAUUUCAUUUUUGUAAUGAUUGUCAGAAAUAGGGGUAUGAUGAAAAUUGAAAGAAAUGUGUUGCACACAAUUAGUUUCAAAG